CGUUGUUUUGUUUUGUUUGUGUUCGUUCUCUUUCUGCUGCUGCCUCUGCCUCUGCCUCUGCCUCUGCUUAUGCUUUUUUGGCCUAAAAGAAACGCGCACUGAGAUUUUUCGGCUUACGCUUGUUGUGAAUCGGGGAAUGCAGCCAAGAAAUGGCCCCAGUACAUAGUACACCUUGCACUGCCACUGGCUGUCGAAUCGUUCCAAAUCGCUUGAAGCACUCGCGCUGCAGAUAAGCCAGCGAAUAUGAACGUCUAGAAGAGGGUAUAGUCCCCGUCCAUCCAUCUGUCCAUCCAUCCGAAGAGGAAGCCUAGGCUUAAUUCUAGAGCAAUGCAAUCGCAACAAGUCCGUCCAAUAAGCACCUAUGACAAUCUGGGUGCCAGUGCCACCACCCAUGUGGCUCCACCAACCAAGCAGCAACAGCUACAGCUACAGAAACAUCUCCAAAGAGCUGGAGAAAGUCCCAGGCAGCCGGAGAGAGCAGCCACCGCCAGAGGUGUGAGCGACCAGCUUCUGUCGAACGGCAUGCCGCCGCAGCCGCAGCCCGAGCUUGAGUCCGAGGAGGAGCUGAUGAAUGGCAGCGGUACCAGCCACAGUAUAGCCGCCGUUAAGGCGGCUCUCAACGAUGCCAAGUCGAAAUUCUUUGGCAUCAACAACUACGACGAGUAUGAGUCAGCCGUCCAGCCAACGCAGAUGCCAAUGCCGUCUGUCAAAGCCCAUUCACAACAGCCGACCAUUAAGCCGGAACCAAAGUACCAGAACGUCCCACAGCGCCACAAGCCACAUGCCGCAGACGAGCUUCCGGCUCCAGCUCCGGCUCCGACUCAGACCAUCGAGCCAGUGCCAAUGCCAAUGCCAAUGCCAGUGGUGGUGCCACUGGCGGCCAGCAGUCCGGACAGAUCCCUGCGGUAUGCAACCACCUAUGAACAGAUACCCCUGAGUGACUUGGAUGCACCGCAGCCGUCGCAGGUGAGUGCUGUCUACAUGAGUACUACGGUGCCGCAGAAUAUGAAAGGCAUGAAGAUCGCUGGACGACAUACGCCGACCCGCAAUAGUCUGAGACACAGUCGCAUGAUAGUUGUGAAUCACAAGAACCAUGACAGUCUCCAAGCGGCAUAUUCCAAGCAUAUCCGCAAUCUGAACAUUUCCCGGCAGCUACUGAUAAUGCAAUUGGCUGUGGGACUACUGAUCGUGGGACUGGCCAUCUGGAUACUGUUGCUGGCGCCGAACGCUUCCAUUCUGAUCAAUCCGUAUCUGAGUGGCCUAUCUCUGUUGCUGGCCAGUAUCGCGGGCCUGAUACUACUGAGACGGGAUCACAGGAUCACAGAGCACAGGGCGCCCAAUAGUUGCUAUAAAGUCCUGCUGGCCGAAUCCUAUGUGUUCUCUGCCUUGGCGCUGGUCUUUUGCUGCCUGGCCCUGGUCUGUGCGGCCAUCGAGUUCGCUGAGCUGGCAUCAGCUGUGGACGGUGCCUGCGGACCGGCAACCAGUUCGCUUUUAAGCUAUCACAACUGCACCUGCCUAACGUCUGCAGAUGAUGGGGCAGAUGAUGCGGCAGCUGAUGGUAGCAGUCCCCCGAAUGACAGCAACAGCAGCAGCAGCGAGGAAUGCGGGGCAUUUCGCGGUGAAUGGAAGUAUCUGCUGGCCUUCUCCAUGGCCCUCAAUGCCCUGGGCAUUGUUGCAACAUUCUUAUACAUAACACUAUUUAUUUGUUGCCACCGCAACCGGAAACACUUUUACACGUCUGUCUAAAGGAGGGCUAGACCCUCGAGUCCAUUACUUGCAUUACUUGAAUUCUUGCUUUUAAUUUAAAAUAAAU